AUGGAGCAGCUGGCCUCCUCCUCAGUGAGCAACGCCCUGCCCGUGUCCGGGAGCCACCUGGGCCUGGCAGCGUCACCCACGCACAGCGCCAUCGCGGCGCCAGGCUUGCCUGUGGCAAUUCCAAACUUGGGCCCUUCCUUGAGUUCCUUGCCCUCUGCGCUGUCCCUGAUGCUCCCGAUGGGUAUUGGGGAUCGAGGAGUGAUGUGUGGUAUACCCGAGAGAAACUACACCCUACCUCCACCACCGUACCCUCACCUGGAGAGCAGCUAUUUUAGACACAUUCUACCUGGUAUCUUGUCGUACCUGGCUGACAGACCUCCACCUCAGUACAUCCACCCCAACACUAUAAAUGUGGACAGCAACCCCGCGUUGUCAGUCCCCAGCAAUCCCGCGGCCCUCGAUCCCUACCAGCCCGGUGGCUCCGUGGGGCUGGAAGCCGGGAUCGUCCCCAUGGACUCGCGCGCGGUGAGCGCGCACGGUGCUCAGAGUCUCCAUCCCGGCGACAGCCACGACGUAGCGCUGGACACGACCAUCACCAUGGAGAGCGUUUCGAGGGUAACCAGCCCCAUCUCCCCAGACGGGAUGACGGAGGAGCUCACGAUGGACGACGUGGCCGGGGACCACUCGCAGAUGCCCAGCGGCUCCCGGAGCCACGAACCUUUAGCCGUUGACGCGGUGGGCGGCAACUUGGCGUCGGACGCUGUGGGCCACGGCGGCGUCCUGCCCAUUCACGGCAGCACUUUGGAGCUCCCCGUGGUGAUGGAGGCCGAGCACAUGGCCGCGCGGGUGAGCGGCAUGGCCGACAGCAGCCUCAACGACUCCAUCCAUACCGUGGCCAUGAGCAGCAACCCCGUGAGCGUGGCGCUCUCUACCUCACACAACCUGGCUUCCUUGGACUCGGUGGCCUUGCACGAGGUGGGCCUCAGCCUGGAGCCCGUGGCCGUGUCUUCCAUCAGUCAGGAGGUGGCCAUGGGGCCGAGCCACGUGGACGUGUCUGCAGACAAUCUUGCCUUCGUGCCAUCCUCUCUGCAAAUGGAGGACUCCAAUUCAAACAAGGAGAACAUGGCUACCUUGUUUACCAUAUGGUGCACGCUGUGUGACAAGGCGUAUCCGUCGGACUGCCCCGACCACGGGCCUGUCACCUUCGUCCCCGACGCGCCCAUAGAGAGCCGCGCGAGGCUGUCCCUGCCCAAGCAGCUGCUGCUCCGGCCGUCCAUCGUGGGAGCCGAAGUGGGUGUGUGGACACGAGAAACCAUCCCUGUCAGGACUUGUUUUGGGCCUCUCAUUGGGCAGCAGAGCCACUCUCUGGAGGUGGCAGACUGGACGGACAAAGCAGCCAGUCACAUCUGGAAGAUCUAUCACAGCGGCGUCCUGGAGUUCUGCAUCAUUACGACCGAUGAAAACGACUGCAACUGGAUGAUGUUCGUACACAAAGCCAGGAACCGGGAAGAGCAGAAUCUGGUAGCAUACCCUCACGAUGGAAAAAUUUACUUCUGUACCUCGCGGGACAUCCCACCUGAGCACGAGCUGCUCUUCUACUACAGCCGGGACUACGCACGGCAGCUUGGUGUCCCCGAACACCCGGACGUGCACGUGUGUCACUGUGGGAAGGAAUGCAUUUCCUACGCGGACUUCAAGGCCCACCUGAGUAGCCAUAUCCACAACCACCUCCCCAGCCAGGGCCACAGCAGCAGCCAUGGGCCCGGGCCCGGCAAGGAGAGGAAGUGGAAGUGCUCCAUGUGCCCCCAAGCUUUCAUCUCCCCUUCCAAGCUCCACGUGCACUUCAUGGGGCACAUGGGCAUGAAGCCGCACAAGUGCGACUUCUGCAGCAAAGCCUUCAGUGACCCCAGCAACCUGCGGACUCACCUCAAGAUACACACAGGUCAGAAGAACUAUCGCUGCACCCUCUGUGACAAGUCCUUCACCCAGAAGGCUCACUUGGAGUCGCACAUGGUCAUCCACACGGGGGAGAAGAACCUCAAGUGCGAUUACUGCGACAAGCUCUUCAUGCGGAGGCAGGACCUCAAGCAGCACGUGCUUACCCACACGCAAGAACGGCAGAUCAAGUGCCCCAAGUGUGACAAGCUGUUCCUGAGGACAAAUCACCUGAAGAAGCAUCUCAAUUCGCAUGAAGGAAAGAGGGACUAUGUCUGUGAGAAGUGCUCCAAGGCUUAUCUAACCAAAUACCACCUCACUCGCCACUUAAAAAUAUGUAAAGGCCCCAUGUCCAGCCUGUCGGCCCCAGAAGAGGAAGAGGAGGAGGAUUCAGAGGAGGAAUUAAUAGACUCUAUGAGGACUGAAGACUGUAGAGUUAACAAUGGAGUAUAUUCAACAGGAGAUGCCCUCUCAGGACACAAAUGAAGAAAGUGAGAGGGAAAUGCUCUUGGAUGAUGAAAGUGGAAGGAAAAAUCUCUUCUGUGUUUCCCCAGUCACUAUCUUAUGUCAAAUGAGGAGUUUUUCUUUUGUUUUGGUUUCCCUAUUACCACCACUUAAAAAAACUCGCUGUAGCCAAAACGCCGAAUGAGACUGGAUCAUGCACUUACUGUUGACAAUGAACAGUUGCUAAGAA